AAAGGUAUCUGCAAUGAGGAUUUAUAUAUUUAAUUUUCUGUCUGGGAUUUUCGAUAAAUAGGCUUUUUAAAAUCCAUGGAGAUUUUUGCUUUGUUCAAUCUCUGAAGGUCAUUUUACUCCGAUUUUCUAUUCCAUUUUUUAUGUCUCCCUCCGUAGUCGGUACUGUGUGUACAACUGAGGCGGUCUCUACAACUUGGACUGUUAAAUCGAUAAUAACUAUUUAACCACUCUCUUGCACGUUUUUGUGAGAGAAAAUCGUGGCCAUAGAUUCCUAAUCCUCUCACCUUUUGACCCAAGCUCUGAGCUUUUGGGUAUUUGCUGGUGUGCUAUAUGCUAUUAUUGCCUCUAACAAUCUCCUUUUCGCUUUGGCUCUCUCCUUCACAGAGUUAAUACACAAAGAACAGAAAGGGUUUUGGGUUUGCUCUGAGGAACAGAGAGUGAAAGGAGGCUGUGUAGAGAGAUUUAUGUCGGCUAGCUUUGCUUUGGCUGUGAUUGGGGCUCUGUUGAAGCUCUGGAUUUUGACUUCAUCUUUUUUCUCUGCGUACCUUGUCAUCUGCUUUAUGCUUCUCUGCUGGUUCCGGCAGAGAUUAAACCCGGUGAUUUCAUCUGUUUCGAUGAGUUUGAGACCAAAAAGGACUUGUUCUGGAUUACAAUACUUUGGGGCUUUUCAUAUAAAACGAUUUUCUUUCCUCUUCUUAUUCCUGAGAGGGGAUCUAACUUAAUACCACCACCCUGAUCUGAAAUCUCAAUUUUAAUUUUGUUUUCUUCACCUUUUUUUUUUCUGGGUAUUUUUGAGGGGUUUUGGAGAGACGGUAGUUUUCUUUUAGCCGGUUUCAGAAAAUGCCGGAGCCUCGGAAGCAACCGCUGAAUCAGCGAAAUGGUUUCAGAAAGUUUAAGGAAGACCGAUUUCCUGCUGAAGACUACAAGAAGGUGAGGAAAGUUCGUGUUAUCUGUUACGAUCCUGAUGCUACUGAUGAAUCAUCUUCGAGCGAAGAUGAAGGAAGGGGUAGAAGCUAUGUCAAAAAACCAAAACGCAUAAUUCAUGAAAUCAAUCUUCAUCCCAUUUUCACCCCUCCAGCUAAGGUCGUCGUCGAGCCCGAGAGUUCAUGUCAAGACAGCAACAAUGGAGUCAAAACCCCAAAACCCAAGGUGGGGUUUUUCGCCAGAACUUCAAGGAGACAGUCCUCUUCACCUUUCAGAGGUGUAAGGCAAAGGAAAUGGGGAAAAUGGGCCGCUGAGAUUCGUGACCCUUUCAAAGGGCGUCGUACCUGGUUGGGUACUUUCAGCACCCCAGAGGAUGCUUCCAAGGCCUAUGAGGCCAAGAGGCUUGAGCUCGAAGAACUGUGGGCCAGGGAAACAGCUGCUCCGGCCACCAGCUCUGAGAAAAGCAACAACACCUCAUCGUCUGCCGUUGUGUCUCAUAUGUCCUACGCCAACAUCCAACAACCUGUUUCUUCCGAGGACUCUGACUCUGCCUUGUCUCGAAGGUCUCCUUCUUCGGUUCUUGAUUUGGAGACUUCGGCUUCCAAUAACAUUGGAAAUGUUGUUGAUUUGGAGAAGGAGGUCGUCGAUGAUUCUCCUGAUCUUGGAGAGCUGCAAAUACCCGACUUGGGUUUUCUGGAUGAUCCUUUGGGCUCGCUUCCAUUUGAGAAUGAACUUAGCCUGGGACCGGAGCUUGACUCGCUUUGCUUGGAGGAGUUUGGUAAGUUCUUCAACGAGUUCAGUAGCAUUGAGGAUGUCCAGAUUGGUGGGAUUAAUGGCUAUGAGCCUACCAGUCUUCCUGACUUUUACUUCGAGGAUCUUGGCAAGGAUGAUAUCGCUUGUUGGUUGGAUGAACCCCUCAACAUAGCAUGCCAAUAAGUUUUUGCAGCUAGGAGUAUCUAAGUUUAGCCGCUUCUUAUUAUAAUUAUUACUAUAAUCAGUUAUGAUUUUGCAGCAAAUAGGUGAAAUCUCAGGAAUUCUAACAUGAGUUCUUGAGAGUGAGUGGUUGUUUAAUUUAUUCGUUGGUUAUAGAGAAGAUUUAGGGAGAAAUGAGCGGCAUUGUAGUGUGCUGAGUGUGAGUCCUUGGGUUUUCUUGUGCUAUUCGAGCCGUCCAAGGGUUGUCAUAUUUGUAGCAGAAAGGGUUUUUACGUUUAUCUGAAGCAGAGGAGUCUCUGCAAAAUUGCAAAUGUCCUCUAUUAUCUCUCUUUUCUUUUCUCCGUGAUGUAGUAAUGAACAUGAGUUUUUACAAUGAAUAUUUGCUUUACCUAAUUCA